AUGGAAGGAAUGAAGAGAGCAAUGGUUCGCAACCCUCCACCGCCGCAAGCAACUGAACAGACGUCAGCGCAAGCGCCUAACCCACCACCGUCGAUGGCCACUGUUCACUCGCCGUCGCCACCACCGCCACCGCCUCCGCCGUCCACUGUCGCCGUCGACACCAUCCAUGGAGAAAUACCCAUCGCCGCUCCCCCACUACAAAUGGUACACUCCUCUGCUAUUGUGCCAUAUGCAGACCCAUUCAAGAAAUCAAAAGAGAUGAAGAAAUCAUCUACUGUACCCGCUACUAAAGAAGGCCCAACUUCAUCCAUUGCCAACAAAAUCAGGGAUAUGCCCGAUUAUGCUCCUAAGGUACAUUCUUCCUCUGAUAAUACUCAUCCUGAUGGUCUAUUCACCUCUGAUUCUGAAGAGGAUGAGGACCUUGCUCCUAAGGCACAAACAGGGGAGAUUUUAAUGGAAUCUGAGGCAUGCAACUUGGAAAAUAUCACUAUUUUUGAAAACCCUAGAAAACCACUCCUCUUGACUGCCUAG